GUGUCAGCUGACCGGCUUCAGCCUCUGUCUAGCCUCCGGGCCAGGGUCGCAGCCGUUGCGGAAAGAGAUGACGGGGGAGCGAUCGGGCACAGCGCUCCUGGACAGACUCUGGGGACCGCGGAUGCUGUCCUUCUGGGGAGUUCGUAGGGUGUUUGCCCCGAUCUUCCCGCUGCUGCUGUCUCUGGCAGGAUUCGGGGCUGGGGCUGAGAAUGACUUCGACCUGUUUAUCCUCCUGUGGCAGGUGCAGCCGCUGGUGACCAUGGAGCAACUGCUGUGGGUGAGCGGGAAACAGAUCAGCUCAGUGGACACAUUCCGCAUCCCGCUCAUCACAGCCACUUCCCGGGACACUCUCCUUGCCUUUGCUGAGGCCAGAAAAAAGUCCUCAUCCGACGAAGGGGCCAAAUUCAUUGCUCUGCGGAGGUCCACGGACCAGGGCUGCACAUGGUCCCCUACAGCAUUCAUUGUAGAUGACGGGGAAUCCAGCGAUGGGCUGAACCUUGGGGCAGUGGUGAACGAUGUUGAGACAGGAGUGGUAUUUCUUUUCUACUCCCUCUGUGCUCACAAGGUCAGCUGCCAGGUGACCUCCACCAUGUUGAUAUGGAGUAAGGAUGAUGGUGUUUCCUGGAGUCCACCCCGGAAUCUCUCCCUGGAUAUCGGCACUGAGAUGUUUGCCCCUGGACCUGGCUCUGGCAUUCAGAAACAGUGGGAGCCACGGAAAGGCCGACUCAUCGUGUGUGGUCAUGGGACACUGGAGAAGGAUGGUGUCUACUGUCUCCUCAGUGAUGACCAUGGCGCCUCCUGGCACUAUGGAAGUGGGGUCAGUGGCAUCCCCUAUGGCCAGCCCAAGCAGGAGAAAGACUUCAACCCUGAUGAAUGCCAGCCUUAUGAGCUCCCAGAUGGCUCAGUUGUCAUCAACGCCCGGAACCAGAACAACUACCACUGCCACUGCCGGAUCAUCCUCCGCAGCUAUGACGCCUGUGAUACACUGAGGCCCCGGGAUGUGACCUUUGAUCCUGAGCUUGUGGACCCUGUGGUAGCUGCAGGAGCUGUAACCACCAGUUCCGGCAUUAUCUUCUUCUCCAACCCGGCUCAUCCAGAAUUCCGAGUGAACCUGACUCUGCGAUGGAGCUUCAGCAAUGGUACCUCAUGGCAGAAAGAGAAGGUCCAGCUAUGGCCAGGGCCCAGUGGCUAUUCAUCCCUGGCAGCCUUGGAGGGCAACGUGGAUGGAAAGAAGCAGGCCCCUCAGCUCUACAUCCUGUAUGAGAAAGGCCGGAACCACUAUACAGAGAGCAUCUGCCUGGCCAAAGUCAGCAUCUAUGGGACUCUCUGAGCUGUACCCCUGCUUCAGGGGUAAAGGCCUGGAACUCCUACACGAGUCUGUAUAGGAUCUGCUGGAGACGCCUAAAAGACAGUUCCACCUUCCUUUAGACUCUAGCCUUUUGCAAAAUCGACUUCUCUUUGACAGGGAAAUCACUCAGGACUAAAAGCCUGGAUUCAUCUCCCACACAGGAAGUCCUGCACCCACCUGGUAGCAGUUCCUUUCAACAUCGCCGGGCAUGGGCCCUAUCCUUUGUGCCCUCCCAGGACAGUGAUUCGUCCUUUUUUGGACAGGGCGAGGUGGGCCUGUGGAAUUGAAUAAAUGUGAACUCAGGGAAGUGGGGAACGCUGAGCUUUCUCUUUGGGUUGGGGGAAGGUACUGGCUUUGAAGAGUGCUAGUGAAAGUCCCAGGAGGGCAGGAUAUUUGGUUUCAAGGUAAGGAACUAGGUGUACCACUCCCCUUGGCUAUUUAUGAAUCAAAAUGUUUGCAACUUAAAGUUUUUAAUGAAGGAGAAUGCACAUUUGAAGAGU